AUGGAUUCAUCAUCAUCGUCAUCAUCAUCAUCAUCAUCACCAUUGGUAAAUAUAGAUGAGGCGGAUGACUUGAG